ACCAGGUGCCGAACAUGCAGUGUGUACCAAAUGACCGCUCCACAUCAACUCCAGAAGUGGCAAAGCAGGAGAAGGUGUUCUGUUGAUCUUACGUAGGUAAUCUCUUCCAGUGAGCUCAGUAAGCAACACUGGUGAAAUGAGUUUAGGAGGAGAGGGCGGGCAAGACAGAGAAAGGACAGGACAUCAUGCUACGCUGUGCACUUCAAAGGAGGCCUGUGAGGCCAUGGUCCCGAAUGUGCCGGGCUUGGCGCAGCAGCGCAACGCUUCCGGAGCCAUCCACCUCUGAGAAUCGACAAUGUAUAGUGAUGACCUCCAACCUCAUAGCGAUGGCCUCCAACCGAAUAGCCAUGCUCCGGCGGCAUUUCGAAGAUGCACAUCAAUGGCGCAUGACAGAGGUCUUUGGUGACAAGAUGGUAGCGACACCACCAUCUGCUGCACAUGUCUUCAUCUCGUGUGCUUUUCUCGAGGGCAUUUUUCUAUGCGUCAACGUUGGCACAUUUUCUCCUUUGAUCUUCGAGAUGUUCAUGCCGUACCACCUGAAGUACACAGCGCUGGUCUUUGCCUGGUGGGGUGGUACUUAUCUUGGUCUGAACACGGCACGCUUUGGGCCAUUAGUGCAAGGUCCUUGGAUUUUCUGCCGCACCCUAGCGGGUCCCAUGGGCGUCACCCUUGGGGCUUUGGGCCUGGUACUAGCGGAUGGUGUUGCAGGCCUUGGUCCUUGGCCAAGUUAUUGGCUGAUGAUUAUUUGCUACUCAGGCAUGUCAUCCUUUGAUGUAGCCUUGGCUCGCAGAAAGCUUCUUCCGCCCUGGCUUUUGAAAUGGAAGCUCGGCAUCAGCGGCCUCAUUGUUGCGUCCUUGUUCUUUGGAGUGCUCAAGGGCAGAUACCUCGAAAAGAACGCUCAGAGACUGAUCCUGGAAGCGGAGUGACCGAAGAAAACAUGCGUUCCUUCGAGAAUCAAUGACACUUUGACACCAAUUGCCUGUCAUGUUCAUGCAACAAUUACAGGAUCGCAGCCAUUCAUGC